UGACCGCCACCCUGUCUGAACUGAAACAGUGUCAGGCCAACAUUGGUCAACUCCGCGGACAAAUGGACCAGAUGCUGGAGGUGAACGCACAAAGCAGUCGAUCUCAAGCACAGCUUGACCGUCAACAAGAGGAACUUGAACAGGCUCAGGCCGCACUUGAUAAACAGCGGGAGGAAAUUGCCCGUGUGAACAUAUUGCUCAGUAAUUUGUUGGGCAUCAAUCCAGCCGACGUUUCACAAGGCGAUUUACAGCAGGUCCAGGCAGGUCUGUUUGAGCUGAAUCGCCAGGUGCAUCUGGACCCCGGCCCGGGGUGUCAUCCAAAUGCGGUACGACGUACCCAGUCAAUGCACACCGGUCUUAACGGUCCGAAAGAACGUCCGAGCAAUGUGGCACCGAACGUGUUUUCAGCCAGUGGACCGGGACUUAACCGUGCCGUAUCCGGUCAGUUUUAUUGCACCGUCCCGGAGCACCACUACCUGGAAGACUGCCUGGAACAGUUACAAUCUCAGAUGGCCGAACUUGAACUGACUCAAGGCGAACAACAGAAGAAACUCCGCCACGCGACGAAGGCAAAGAAAAAGCUGGAAAAACAAGUCGAGUAUCACUCGGCGGAAGUAGAACGCUUGAAUGCAGAAGCUGUGGCCAGACAGGAAGAGCUUGCAAAAACAUCGGAAGAUUUGAAGCGUCUGUUGGAAGAAAAGGACGACACUCAGCGCCAACAGCAGCGCCAGCUAAUGACCAUGGCUUCCGAACUGUCGACCGUGGAGAACACCAUCGCCGGCCGCCGAAGUGACUUGGCCAAGUUGGAAGACCUCGUCAGAACCAUGGAAACGGAACUCCGCACGCAACAAGCCCAGCUUAAAGAUGCUACAGCGAAAUUCGCGGAGGCCAAAUCCGAGCAAGAGCGAGCGUCCGCGCAACUGGCAAAUGUGAACGCUGAGCUGUCGAAAGCCAGGGAACAACUGUCCCAAUACCAGGCAGACCUCGUCCGUUCCAAGACCGAGGUGGAACAGACAGAUGCGGAAAGACGUAAAUUACAGUCCAAGGUGGAACAGCUGGAAAGGAACAUUCAAACAAAAGAGGAUGAAUUGCACCGUUUAUCCUCGUGUGUGAAUGAAACUCAGACAAAGCUUUCUCGUCUUGAUAGUGAUAUCGUGUCCGGUGAACAACGUUUGCAAAACCAACAACGUCUACUGGCAGAACAGAAACUCAAUGUUGAGGAGCAACAGGCCGAACUACGUCAACUUUCCCGGCAGGUGCGUUCUCAAUCAUUUUGUGACUGA